UAUUAGCUGCAUUUGAUUCAUGUUAUUUAAUAUUUACACUUAUACUUAACUUUGGUUCACAUCCAACUUUUUCUCAAAGUGCAUUCACACAUACGUUAUUAUUUCUUCUACGUCCUUUAGCUGAUUUUAGUUCGAAUAUAUUAAUAAUGAAGUUCUUUGAUAUGCAUUUUCUAUGUUGUUCGACCUUAUUAUGUGAUGAAUAUAUUGAUUUAUCUAAUGAAAAUAUUCAUCGAUUUUAUAUUUGAAAGGUGACGUUGGGUAUGUAUGUCAAUGGACAUGUGUGUGAAGGUUCUUGUGAAGUUUCUUUUUUUUGCUGGGGAAUUAAUGCUUUCACGUUCAAAAUUUGACAAGCUUUUAAUUAAUUGUUAAUAAACACGAUUAUUUUUAGAUUCUGUUUAGCUGAUAAAGAAGUUAUAACAUGACGAGUACUAACAUCACAUGUCAAAUUCUUGUGCUAGGCUCUAUCGGUAGUGUGGUCGAACAACAUUAAUAAAAACCAUUAUUGGUGAAAAUAUUGUACAUGAAACUAUAUCUGGAACAAAAUAUGAGCAAAUAAAAUACUUAGAUAAACAUUUAACAUUUAUUAAAAUAUCAACAUUUGAAACAAAUGAUCAUAGUUGGCAUGAAGUACAAAAAUUUAUUCGCAACAAUUUACUUCCAAUUCAUGCUAUUUGGUUAUUGUUACAUUAUCAGUCAGAUGUUGAUGAGAAUUUACUUAAUCAGUUAAAAAUAUUACCACAUGUACCUUCAUCUAUCAUUUUAAAUAAAGCAGAUUUUUUACAAAAUCUUUUUUCUUCUCAAUCAGAACUUGAAAAAGAUAUAAAGUAUUUUGAUGAUAUAAAUCAAAAAGAUUUUCCAAAUUAUUUUCGAAAUAAUCACAUAUUAAUGGUCAAACGUGAAUGUUUAAUGAAAUGGAAAAUAAACAAUGAAGAUAUAGUUAAUCUUCAACAUAUUUUUUUAAUGUCGUUAAUUGAUGAAGAUAAAACUCAUCGUCCAAUUGGUGUACGUGAAAACAUUAUUUGA